AUGUCAGAGAUAACACAGGAGCCCGAGUCAAGGACUCCUCCAGUCUACAUCCUCGACCCACACGCCAACCGGACAAAGGAACAAGACAUCGACCUCUCCCACACAACUGGCAAGAUGCCCACCUGGCAGACCAUCCAGGAGUCCGUCUCGACUCGCUCUGGCUGGUUCGGAGACUAUGACUAUGGCUUUCUCUGUAUGCCUACUCUACCUGGGUUCACGAGUACUCGUGUCCCGCCCUUCUUUGGACUCAAGGAUCGGCUCCCUCUUGUCCUUGCCAUCAUCAUGGGUUUUCAGCACUCGCUGGCAAUGAUUGCAGGUGUGGUCACCCCUGCGAUCAUCAUGUCAGGUUCCGGCAACACUGGUCUCAACCUCUCCCCUGCUGACCGCACCCAAAUGGUCUCAACCUCCUUGAUCACCUCCGGUCUCCUCUCCCUCAUCCAGAUCACUCGCUUCAGGGUUGCCAAUACCCCCUACUUCCUCGGCACCGGGUUGCUCUCGGUUGUAGGCACCAGUUUUAUCUACCUCCCUGUUCUCCAGUCCUCUGUUUCCAACAUGUACGCCUCGGGUGUCUGCAAGAGCUCCGUCGAUCCCACUACUGGUGCUCAAACGUUCGAGCCUUGUCCUGAUGCCUGGGGUGCCUACUUGGGCACUUGUAUGGUCUGCGCGCUGUUGCCUAUCAUCUUGUCGUUUAUCCCUCCUCGUGCGCUGAAGAGAGUUUUCCCUCCUAUCGUUACUGGAGUCACCGUUAUGUUGAUCGGUGUCAACCUGGUUACUUCAGGCAUGCAGCAGUGGGGUGGAGGCAGCGGCCCCUGCCUGUCAAGACCAACCACAGGACCCUUUGUCGACUGCCCGGCUGUCGGAUCACCCAAUGCAGCACCCUGGGGGUCUGCUCAAUGGAUCGGGUUGGGCUUCCUGGUGUUUUCGGUUAUUAUGGUGGUCGAGUUCUUUGGAUCGCCGUUUAUGAAGAACGCGCAGGUUGUGAUUGGGUUGAUUGUGGGAAUGAUUGUUGCGGUCGCUUGUGGGUACACGACGAGUGAGUCCCUGGAUGCUGCACCGGUGAUUACCUUCUUGUGGGUCAAGACUUACAAGUUGUCGAUCUACCCUCCUGCCAUCAUUCCGUUACUUAUCACAUAUGUUCUCGCAAUGGUCGAGUCGAUCGGAGAUAUCACCGCAUCAUGUGAGGUCUCUCAAUUGUCCGUUGAAGGCCGAGAAUUCGAAUCACGUCUCCAAGGAGGAAUCUUUGCCGACGGCGUCGCGGGCCUCCUCGCACCGCUCAUGACCAACUCCCCCAUGAGUUGCUACGCCCAAAACAACGGCAUUAUUUCGCUCACUCGGUGCGCAAACACCAUGGCCGGAUACAUGUGCUGUGUUUUCCUCAUCCUCAUGGGCGUCUUUUCCAAAUUCGGAGCCCUCUUCCUAAUGCUCCCCGAUUCCGUCCUCGGAGGCAUGACGACAUUCCUGUUUGCGAGUGUGGUGGUUUCCGGUAUUAGGAUCUUGUCCUUCUUGCCCUGGACAAGGAGGGAGAGGUUUAUCGUUGCGGCGUCGUUGUCGUUGGGGUUGGGGACUGCGCUGGUUCCGGGAGUGUUGACGCAUAUGAUUGACUAUAAGGGAGACUCGGCGUUCUUGUCGUCGUUGAUUACUUCGGUGAAUAUUAUUCUGGACACAGGGUUUGCGCUGGGUGCGAUUGUGAGUUGUUUGUUGAAUGCGUUGUUGCCGGAGCAGCCGGUGGCUAAGGUGGCGGCGGAGGAUGUGAUUGAUCGACAUGGUCCUAUGGCUGCUAUGGAUGCGGAUCGAUUGGCGGUCGAGGAGGAGGGGCACGGAAAGAUGGAGGAUAUGAAGACCGUGGAGUCCCAGUCUGCUCCUGAAUCGACGAUGGUCCAUAUCCCAAUCGUCUCUCGGCUUAGCUUCGGGGACUAUAGGUCCAUUAUCUUCACCUUCAUAAUCCUUGGGAUCGAGACAUGCUUCAGACUCAUCGCAUACCUCAUCCCCGGUGUCAUCCUCGACGCCGGAAAAGCGCUCGUUGAAAAGAGUUACCCAGUGCAGGAGCAUCUCGUUAGAACUCAAGACAACUACCUCCUGGGUGUGCAUCGGAUCACCCACGGAAGAGAGCGUGUCUCGGCAAAGGGCAUGGUCCCUAACCCUCCCAAGGACAUUGUCAAGUUGCUCAGAGAGAACGGUGUCCCCCUCGCUGCAGAGACAAAGGAGGCCUACGCCAACAACCAGGAACGCCACAAGCGGGAUCAGGAGGAGGACCUGGAGGCAGAUUUGAACCAAAAGAUCCGCAAGAAGACUAAGGGUGGUGAUUACAUCAAGCCUGUUGUGCUGUUGUACCAUGGAUUCAUGAUGUGCUCCGAAGUCUGGCUCUGUAACUUGGAUGAGGAGCGAAACUUGGCCUUUGUUCUUGCCGAAGCUGGCUAUGACGUCUGGUUGGGCAACGCCCGAGGAAACAAAUAUUCCCUGAAGCACAUGUUCCUCAAGCCUCACGAGAAAAAGUUUUGGGAUUUCAGCAUGGACGAAUUGGCCCUCUUUGAUAUGCCCGACACCAUCGACUACAUUUUGAAUAGGACAGGAGCUCCUUCUCUCGUCUACAUUGGAUUCUCUCAGGGAACUGCACAGGCUUUCGCUUCUUUGUCAAUCAACCCCGACUUAAACGAUAAGGUCUCACUCUUCAUCGCCCUCGCCCCUGCAACGACACCACCAGGACUCGAUAACGGGUUGGUCAACUCUAUUGUCAAGGCAGCACCCAACGUCAUUUAUUUACUUCUCGGAAGGAAGACACCCUUGACAGCAGCACUGUUCUGGCAGAACUUGCUUCACCCUACGACCUAUGCGACCAUGAUCGACCUUGCUGUGAAGUUCUUGUUUGGCUGGAGGAGUCGGUCAAUGAGUCUUGUCCAAAAAGCGGUGGCUUACCAGCACCUGUAUAGCUUCACCAGUGUCAGGAUCCUUGUUCACUGGUUCCAAAUUAUCAGAACACAGGUCUUCCAGAUGUAUGACGAUGUUCAGCCUAGGGUGCCUUAUCUGUCAUCGAGCAGGAGUCAUUGCCCCCACCCCUUCCCGACCAACCAGAUCUCGACCCCGAUUGCCAUCUUUUACGGAGGCAAUGAUACCCUCGUUGACAUUCAGGCUCUGCUCUCGGAUCUUCCAGAGGUGGUGGGCGUCUGGGAGGUUCCUGCCUAUGAGCACUUGGAUUUCUUGUGGGCAGAGGGAUUGGACAAGCAAGUGUACCCUCACAUCUUGGAACUGCUGGAGACGCACUCGUUCAACGGACACAUUUCAACGGAUAAGGAAAAGAAUAGGAGCCUCAGACGGUCGGCAUCGGGUGGAGCAGGCACCAUGCUGCGUGAGAUCAAGACGUUGGUGCAUGAACUCGAAAGAAUCGAUUCCGAGGAUGAUGAGAAUUUGGGUAACAUCACUGCGAUCUCUGCGUUGAACACACCGAACCGGUCUCCACUUGUUGAGCGCCAUUCAUUUGCCUCUGCACGUCGGUCUCGUUCGUCUUCACACCUUGCUACUCAUGAUUUAAUUGAUGCCCAGGAGCAGCAGCACCAAGGCGAGUAG